UAAAACUUUCGUCUUAUAUUUUCCUACACCGCUCUCGCUCUCCAUACAAUUACCAACACCCAACCCAAACCCACUCCCCCGCUCACUUCCUUUCCUCCUCUCUCUCUUUUUUCCCUCUCCCUCUUAUUUUUAUCAGAAAAAAAAAAGAAAAUUAAAAAAAAAAACUAAUUAAAUUACUAUUCAAAAGGGGUUUUCUUUGGUUUCGUUUUGUUUCUCUAUAAAGCUCCAAAAAAAUGGCUGCCGAAGUUAGCAGUCUGAUUCGAGUACUCGCCGGUUAUAAGGACGAAGAUAAUCGGACGGCCCUCGGUAAUGGCCAGGAAUCAACGGCUCUCGUUACUCGCGAUUUGCUCGGACAAUCUUCCAACCUUACUGACUCUCAAGAAUUGGACCUCGAUUUGCAGGUUCCCACCGGCUGGGAAAAAAGGCUCGACUUGAAGUCGGGAAAAGUUUACAUACAGAGAAGUCAAACACCGGAUUCUCCUCUGAAUUCAGAAUCGAAACAGUCCAAAAUGAUCAAUCAAACAGAAUCGAAAUUUCAGGACUUGAAUUUCCCUCCAUCUCCUUCAAAACGAACAUUAAAUCUCUUAAACGAAACCAGCUUGGAUUUGAAAUUGACGUCGUCGCCGUCGACCAAUACGCUUAGCGUUUGUACUCUGGAUAAGGUGAAAUCUGCUCUGGAAAGGGCCGACAAGGAGCUCGUAAAGAAACGCUCGUCGCCAUCGUCGGCGGCGAAAGAAAUUCAAGAAGAAGAAGCGGCGGAAAUUAGAAACUCGGCGGCGCCGAUGGCGGUGGGUUGCCCUGGAUGUUUAUCAUAUGUAUUAGUAAUGAAAAACAACCCCCGAUGUCCUCGUUGCAACUCUGUCGUUCCAUUGCCGACCAUCAAGAAACCUCGGAUUGAUCUAAACAUGUCCAUAUAAAAAAAAAAAAAAAAGUUUGGGAAUCGUCCAUCAUCAUCAUCAUCAUAUAUAAAAUAUCCAAAAGGAAAUUAAGAAAUUUCGCCCAUGGCCCUCUUCCUAGAUCUUUUGUUUUUGUUUUUGGUUUUUGGUUUUUUUUUUUUGGGUAUAUGUAAAAUGGAAAGAUUUUUACACAAAA